AAGAUGUGUAAUUAAUUGAAUAGUAAUCGUAAACAUAAACAUAGACAUAAUAAAUAUCCGCAAGACAAAAUCAAUAUUUCACAUAUUAAACGUUAAUUGAUUUAUUCCGCGCAUUGAAAUAUUUAAUUAAAUGGAAAACAUAAACCAGUACAUAAUUAACUGCAGGGUCAAUUGAACUCAGCGUGAGGUAGGCUAGUUGUCAAUGUCAUCAUUGGAAUGCGGCUGGGUCAAAAAUUCGUCCAAAAUGUCUGAGGGGAAUUCGGCAGUGAUGACAGUGACCGGCAACCCCUACAAAAUCGUCGACUGCUCCAGGGAAAAGCGAAAGGGAAUAACCGCAGCUUCACUCGAAGAUUUGACCAACGUCGCCAGAAGUAGAUUAGCUCUGCCUACUGAUGCUGACAUCACAAUUGUCCUGGAACAAGAUGGUACGGAAGUGGAUGAUGAAGAGUACUUUGCAACGUUGGAAAGAAAUACGAGUUUAAUGGUACUCAACGGAUCUGAAAAGUGGGCCGCACCCGGCAGCGCAAAGACCGCGACGUCACGUUAUAUUCUCGUUGAUAAUGUUGACAGUGCUGGACGGACUGAGGAGAGCACUACUCGCGGAAAUUAUCACCGGCCGAUCGAACCACUUGUGUCAUCAUUGCACAAUGAUCCAACACACAUUUCUCUGCUGGGUGGCAACGACCUAGAAUUACUCAGCGACAUGAAUCCCGAUAGUUUGGCUGACAUAGUGCCUGAUCGCAUGUUUCUGGAACAACUCAAGGAGGCGUCGGGCAGAUUCUUGGCUGAAAAACGUCAAGCCCAAGAGUCAAUGGCACUUCUCCAGAUGUACGCAAGCAGUGGGGAGAUGGAGCGGGCGUAGGCAAUGUGGGGGGUGGGCGCCCUCACCAUUGCCAGCAUGUAUCGUGUGCGACGUCGAAUAUUUUAUAAAGGUCGCCAGUUUCAGCAAACUAUGAUUUUGUUUUGGAAUUGAUGCCUAAAUUAAUGUUUAUAGAGAGAUUAUUACCAUUAAUCAUUCAUUAAUACUAUUUAUUAUUAUUAUUACGAUCAAUUGAAUUGAUCGUGGUAAUAAUCAUCCCGAUUAUUGUCAAGACAAAUUUAUUCAAAUAAUUGUGUGUCUUAUCUAUUAUUUGUGGCUAUUGCGCCGAAUCUGUAAGGAAUUAUUGUUAAAACCUCAUUGUCGAGUUAGAGAUAGGUAUUUAGAUAUAUUAUAAAUAUAUUAAUUGUAAUCUUUAAUUAAUUACUUAAAAUAAUAGGCGUAUAAUAGUUGUUAUGGAUUAAUUAUAUUUAAAUAGAUAGUAAUUAAUUAUUUGAAUGUGGUUAUUUGUUAGAGUAAAGAUAUAAGUAUAUAUAUUAUAUAAAUUUUCUCUUGAAUUGUAUUCUUGAAUGAUCGCUAUGACUCAAAGUCAAAGUGCGCGCACCCUACGGAAUUGUAAAAUUGAGACGCUCAGUAAUGACAAGACUCACUGUGUAAUAUUGGAGCAUUUUAAAUGCAAAUCUAAAGUUAUUAACCGUUUUAUGGGAAUGUUAUUAAAUUGUAAUCGGUAAUAUCGAUUUGUAAUAGUAAGUUUACUGUAAGUAACUUUUAGAAUGUUUACUUUCAAAAAUUUUUAUACGCUAAUUUUAACAACGAGAAUUUAUUAUUGUAAUAUAAUAAAUUUCGU